GAACACUGGAAAACAGUUUGCGGGUAUGUUUGAUACAGUCAUGCCUCAGUACUACCUUGGGUGUCGAGACGGGAGGUAGCCUCGUCGGGUCGCGCAGCUGCCUCCGAUAAGUUUACGGGAAUGAAAAUCGGAGAGCAGUAAAAUGAUAUUUUCCAAUGAUAGUGAUGCUACAUUUUUCUGAGUGAUUUAUAACCAUUACUUGUUUCAUUAUUCAGUGUAAAUAAAACUUUUUUAGUAGUUUCAAGUGAUUUAAAAUGUAAUUAUAAGGUGUAGAUUUAAGGUAACAGCUAUGACAACUUUUCAAAGAGAGUUUGUUUAAUGAAAUAAGCUUAGUUCGUAAUGUGUAAAAACAAUUCUUCAGAUUAUGUUUUAGGUAUAAUCUCUGACGAAAACAAUUGAACGUAUUAAAAAUAAAUUAGUGUUCUAGUGAUGAUGACUUUAAAAAAGUAAAAGCUGCCAUCUCAAAUGGCGAGUGUAGAAAAAAAUACGAUUUGAAUUUCGAAAUGUCAUCUGAAGUGUCAUUGGAAGCGCGGGAACGGCCAGGGUUCGUUCGCCGCUGGUCGGCUGGGCUGGCCCGGGCCUCCUGUUCCCAAGUAGGGCUGGUGAUCUUGGUGGUGGUAUACGUACUCCUUGGUGCGGUGUUGUUCGAAUAUUUGGAGUCGGGACCAGAGGUGCAGAAGAGAUCCGCCAUUCAGCGGUCGAGAGAGGAGUGUUUGAAAGAGCUCUGGGCUAUAACAGAACGCCUCAAUGUCCUCUACGAGAGGAACUGGACCCGGCUGGUCCACGAGCAGCUCAGAAAGUUCGAGUCGUCCAUCGUGGCCGCGGCCAGGCAGUCCUCGGAGACUCAGCCGCCCGAGCUGGCCAUGGACUCCAAGUGGACCUUCUCGGGUGCUCUGAUAUACUGCAUCACUUUAAUUACUACUAUAGGAUAUGGGAACGUCUCGCCCCGCACAGCUGCGGGCCGAGCAGCGACGGUGGCGUACGCUGCUGCUGGAGUGCCUUUGACCCUGGCCUGCCUAGCUGGCCUAGGAGCCUCGCUAGCCAGGCUGGCCCGGUUGGCCUGGCUGAGGGCUACCAAAGGAAAAGUACCUAAUACGUGGCGGAAGGACGUUGAGCUCGAAAACCACCUCCAACUCCACGAGCAGCAGCGCCUUCUGCCACAGCCAGCAGAGAACAACCAGUACACCUCGUUCCCUCCUCGAAGCCACAGAUCCCCCGGGACUGUGAGGGCCCGGGCCGGAGACAGAGGUCAAUAUUCGCAAGUAUUCGAGAGGGCCCCCACGAGCCCUCGGGCCGCCACGCUCGGUCGUAUCAAGCGCAGUGCCUUGGCUGAUGAGCCGCAUUCCUCGUCAGCUCUUCAAACGCAGACGUUGGAUCGCAAGAAGACGUUUGGGAGUAUGAAGUGUCUCGCCACAGUUCACGGGCCAGGCCGGGGCAGAGGCAGAAACACUAUACAGAGGCCGCGAGGCGCUGUGAUUGAGCAACUCAUUGCUGAAGAGUGUGGGGAGAUCCCGCUGAAUAGGAGUCAAGAGGAUUUGGACGACUCUGAAGAUCCUGAUGAAGCAAUAUGUCCACACGACACGCCCUCCCGAGUGCCUUUGAUCUGGAACGACGAGAGCAAAUCCAAGAGUUGUGCUGUCCCCACCAGCAGCGCCUCGACCAGCGUGCAGCAUCACCACACCAUUGACCACUGUCACGUCCCCAUCGGCAUCGUGCUCUUCCUUCUCUUCGCCUAUAUCUGUGUGGGCGCGGCCAUCUUCUCCGCCUGGGAGAACUGGUCCUUCCUCGACGCCGCUUACUUCUGCUUCAUUGCUCUUGCCACCAUCGGCUUCGGAGACUUCGUUCCCACCAGCUUCCUCACCUCCAAACAAAGCACGGAGACCUCCAAAAGCGAAUACAUCCAAAUGGUCGCCUGCUGUGCCUACCUCGUCUUCGGACUCAUCCUCAUAGCCAUGUCCUUCAGUCUCCUUCAAGACGAAGUCGUGGCCAGGUGUACCCAGCUCGCCAAUAACCUGGGGUUGUCGAGACAAUGACAAUACGAGAAGAGCGACUGCAGCUCUACAGACAAUCAUCUCAGGAUGUUAUGAUCGUUGUUAUAAGGAACUUCAAUCCGUUUACACGGACCGUACUUCUUAAUAUUGGAAUUGUAUUUCAUGUUACCACUGUAUAAAAAAAAUAUUUUCUCAUAUCAGCAUGAUUGAUCUUUAUGGGUGAAAUUGAAACUUUUUACGGAAUUUGUACUCGAAAUUGAAUGACGAUUGUGAUGUAAAUAAUGUAUAAAAUAUUUAUAAAAGCAAGGCUGAAAUUGUAAUGAAACAAUAAAAUUGUGUUGAAACGUA